AUGGACGCUAAUAGCAACGUUUACAGAAUAGGCAUCCUAGGUAAGAAAUGGUGGUGGGCGAUAUUUACCUGGCUGAUUGACACAAGCAUACAAAAUGCGUGGAUACUUGCCAAAAGCACAGGUCAUAAAGUUUCUCAACUUCUGUUUAGAAGAGAAAUCGCUCAGUGUUAUUUGACCAAGUAUCAAGUAACUCCUAAGGGUGCUGGUCGUUCUUCCUCUGCAUCUGCUAAGAGCCGUGUUCAUAACAGUAUACAAUUGGAUCGUAUGGACCAUGGACGUAUGGUCGAGUCUGUACCAGAUGGAAAACCCAGGCGGUGCACGGGGCAGGCUCAUACAGAAAAAUCAAGUGCUGUUCGCACGCAGUGCAAGAAAUGCAAU